AUGCAGUCUUUCUUCCGGUCCUUAUCGUCGUUCUUCUCAAGCGGGAGGCAGGGCCCACUCGCGGGGUCCUCCAAACAACCUCAGUUCUCCUCUAAUGACGCUUUCUCUUUGCCCACACAUUCACCCAGCACUGACCAACUUUCGAUGCCGCGAUCCGCUGGUUUUACAUAUCCACCUCACACUCCCGCUUCAGCUGCGGACGAUGUGACCCCUUUCUCGUCCACCGACCGUGUCAAUCGUGUGCAAGGCGCCUCAACACUACUCCCCACCCAUCACUCUUCCUCCUCGUCGAAAUCUUAUUAUCCACCUCUGGAUAAGACUUGGGCCCGCAUACGCGCCUGGUUAUUGAAUGAAUACACAGAACUCGGUGAUACACUAAAUUAUGGCAUUCUUCCCGAGUCCCUGGCAGAGAUUGAAACCAAAUUGGGCUUUCAGUUGCCCAAGGCAGUCCGGGAUUCCUACCUUAUUGUUGACGGACAAGAAGCCGAGUCAAGUGCCGGGUGUUCGGAAGGUCUAUUUUUUGGUCUUCACUUCUUGCCUUUAGAAGAGGUUCUUGCCGAAUGGCGCUUUUGGCGUGAGGUUGACGAUGACCCUGCCACCGGGGCGAAUUCACAAAUCCGAGCCGCAAUGCAAACAAUACCUGUCGAUUGGAUUCGUAAAGAGUAUUCAAGCCGAGGAUGGAUACCUUUGAUUUCCGACAAAGUUGGCAACUAUAUUGGUAUCGAUAUCAACCCCGGUCCUAAAGGUUCCGCUGGCCAAGUCAUCGUCUUCGGCCGGGACUUUGAUACUAAAAUUGUGCUUUGGAACGGGAACGGCCAGCACGGGUGGGCGAGAUGGCUAGCCAGCUUCGCGGAAGAGUUAGAAGGGGGAGAAGGGUUUGAAGUACGUGGACCAGAUGGAGAUAACAGUGACGAUGGGAGCGAGGAUAGCAUAGGCUAUGAAGGAUAUUUUAACGGAGGCGUAUCCGGGGGGAAGGGCGAUACGGGUGGCCCUGGGGGACUAAGAUUUACAGGGGAGUACAAAGGUUGGAACGCGAUAGAAGUUUGGGCGGAUCGGAGUUACAAGGCCUGGUAUGAGGCUGGUCUGGUUCCAGAGGGGCCAGACGAUGAGGGAACAACAGAAGUGCCUUCCAGCAGCGCAGCACCAAACCAGAACGAGAGCGUCCGGGUAGAGACCUCAGAUCUCACCGAUGUCUCUGACCCCACGGCCGACGAAACAACACCAAUAGCUGCAGUAAUUUCUCCCGCAAGGAUACGGCUACCAAUAUCGCCUUCGAAGGCUGGCCCCACUACUUCCGACCCAACGGCUGCAGACCUCUUGUCAUUGACAUCACCCUCACCACUCGAUACCGAGUUUGAGAGGCAAGAUGCAUCCAUCUCCGACCCGGGGCCUAUUCAGUCGCCAAAACAUUCAAGCGAGCAAGAUACCCAUGCAUUGAAUCCGAUCGUUGAUCAAUCCUCCGAACCCUCCGUCAAAUCUGCAGGGAAUUUUGGCGAUGCUGCUGAAGUGACCGGUGUAGAUGAAUUUGGUGCUUUGGAGGGAAAGAACUCUUGA